GGGCUUCUCAGUAGCUUAGCAUGAUCUGAGUUAACAAGAUUGAGAACCAAACAUGCCCAUUCUGUGUUCUACUAAUAAUUAAUACUUAACGUUUGCGUUCCAUGCUUAACCAACUUUCACAUCUCCCACAGUGAUCCAGCCCUAGCCAGUGGGCAUAUCGUCGCAAUGCCUCAGAGGAAACCCAGCAAGUACGGAAACAAGUUUCGAUCGAAUGCUGCAUCUUUCAAACCAAAACGGACAAAGACCAUCGAAUUUUCUUCUCUUCGAUCGACAGAAGCCACCUCACAAGAUGAGAAAUUCGAGGCGAUUCGGCUGGCGAACAGCAUCGACGAAUCAUUGGGAUUCCCGCGCUUUGAGUCCGGCGAGAAAAGGAUUGGUUGGCUUACCAAUAUGCACAGUACUUCAGUAGAAGAUCCGAAUGUCCCCGGGGGACGCGCCGGUGUGGACUAUUACUUUCUUGAAGACAACGGCGGAAGUUUCAAGGCAACAGUUGAAUAUGACCCAUAUUUUCUCCUCGCAGUGAAGAAGGGACACGAGGCUGAAGUUGAGGAAUGGUGUCGGAGAAUGUUCGAAGGACUUAUCAAGAAGGUCGCGAGAGUAGAGAAAGAAGACCUUAAGCUACCGAACCACCUGCUCGGGCACCGGAGAACUUUCCUUCAAAUGUACUUUGCAAAUGUAAGCCAUCUGCUGGAAGUUCGAAGGACUCUUCUACCACUGGCGGAAAAGAACAAGAAAAAUGUGAAUGUGAUGGAUACUUACGUGGAGAUUUCAAGCGCAAAUGCUGGCUUUGAUCUCUUUGAUGACGAAAUAAUUAAUGAGUCACGAUCUAAUGGAACUAUGGAAGCGAGUGAUUUUAUAAUUGAUAUCCGGGAAUAUGACGUUCCUUACCAUGUUAGAGUGGCGAUUGACAAAGAUAUCCGGAUAGGAAAAUGGUACACUGUAGAGGCAAAACACGGUGUGAUCUCAUUGACUUGCAUAGAGGAACGAGUCCAACGUCCUGACCCGGUUGUUCUCGCUUUUGAUAUUGAAACGACUAAACUGCCGCUAAAAUUCCCUGACUCUGUCAUCGAUCAAAUUAUGAUGAUUUCGUACAUGAUUGACGGGCAAGGAUUCUUGAUUACGAAUCGAGAGAUAGUAUCUGAAGAUAUCAACGAUUUCGAGUACACGCCCAAGCCCGAAUACUACGGUCCAUUCAUGAUUUUCAAUGAACCCGAUGAAAGGAGUGUCCUAGAAAGAUUUUUUGGGCACAUAAAAGAGGCUAAACCGACUGUUAUCGCUACAUAUAACGGUGAUUUCUUCGAUUGGCCGUUCGUUGAAGCGAGAGCAAGUGUCCUUGGAAUCGAUAUGUAUACGGAGAUCGGCUUUCGCAAAAACAGUGAAGACAUUUAUCAGAGCGAUCACUGCGUGCAUAUGGAUUGCUUUGCUUGGGUCAACCGUGAUAGUUACCUCCCCCAGGGAAGUCGUGGUUUAAAAGCCGUCACUGUUGCAAAGCUCGGAUAUGACCCUGAUGAACUCGACCCGGAACUCAUGACCCCGUACGCAAGUGAACGCCCUCAAACACUAGCCGAAUAUUCGGUGUCCGAUGCCGUCGCCACAUAUUAUUUAUAUAUGAAAUACGUCCAUCCUUUCAUCUUCUCGCUUUGUACCAUUGUCCCGCUUAAUCCCGAUGACACGCUGCGGAAAGGAACAGGUACUCUUUGUGAGAUGCUGCUGAUGGUUCAAGCAUAUCAAGGCGAGAUCGUUCUGCCUAACAAGCACAAAGACCCCCCCGAAGCUUUCUAUGAAGGCCACCUUCUGGAGUCAGAGACAUAUGUUGGUGGACACGUGGAAAGUAUCGAAGCUGGUGUGUUUCGAAGUGAUAUCCCCGUUACAUUCAAGAUCGAUCCUACUGCCAUCGAUGAACUGCUUCGCGAUUUGGACGCGGCUCUGACAUUCAGCAUUGAGGUGGAAGAGAAAAAGUCAUUGGAUGAUGUCGUCAACUACGAGGAAGUCAAGGAACAGAUCUCCAAGCUUUUGAUCGCCCUGAAGGAAAAUCCGAACAGGGAGGAGAAUCCUUUCAUCUACCAUUUGGAUGUUGCUUCCAUGUACCCGAAUAUCAUCACCACAAAUCGAUUACAGCCAGAUGCCAUGAUCCAGGAAUCCAACUGCGCUGCCUGCGACUUCAACCGACCUGGCAAAACCUGUGACAGGCGAAUGCCGUGGGCCUGGAGAGGCGAAUUUCUUCCUGCUAAACGUGAUGAAUAUAACAUGGUUCGGCAAGCGGUUGCAAACGAAAGAUUUCCAGGCAAGACGAAAAACAGUCCGAUGAGGUUGUUUGGCGAUAUGAGCGCUGAAGAACAGUCUGCUAUAGUCAAGAAGAGGCUUCAGGACUAUAGUAAGAAGAUUUACCACAAAAUUCACGACAGCAAGACAAUGGUCCGAGAGGCUAUUAUCUGCCAGCGAGAGAAUCCCUUCUACGUGAACACGGUCCGCAACUUCCGAGAUCGCCGAUACGAUUUCAAAGGCAAACAAAAAGUUUGGAAAAACAAGACUGAUUCCCUCAAAUCGGCAGGCGCUUCGGCGGCGGACAUUGAAGAAGCAAAAAAGAUGAUCAUUUUGUUCGACUCGCUACAGCUUGCCCAUAAAGUCAUCCUAAACAGUUUCUACGGUUACGUCAUGAGAAAGGGAUCUCGAUGGUAUUCACUGGAAAUGGCUGGCGUGACGUGUCUGACGGGUGCUCGAAUCAUCCAGAUGGCAAGAGAGCUAGUUGAACGUAUCGGUCGUCCACUGGAGCUUGACACAGACGGUAUCUGGUGUAUGCUUCCUGGGUCCUUCCCCGAGAACUUUUCUUUCACUCUGAAGAAUGGGAAGAAGCUGGGGAUUUCUUAUCCAUGUGUUAUGCUGAAUCACCUUGUCCAUGGAAGUUAUACUAAUCACCAGUACCAAACCCUUGCCGAUCCAAAGACUUUUAGAUACGAGACGCAUAGUGACAACUCCAUUUUCUUCGAGGUCGACGGACCGUAUAAAGCAAUGAUUCUGCCAACCUCGAAAGAGGAGGAUAAGAACUUGAAGAAGCGCUAUGCUGUUUUCAAUCAUGAUGGGUCUUUGGCUGAACUGAAAGGGUUCGAAGUGAAGCGGAGAGGAGAGUUGAAGCUGAUUAAGAUUUUCCAGACUCAAAUCUUCAAGUUCUUCUUAGAAGGAACGUCGCUUGAAGAAACAUAUGCUGCUGUAGCCCGAGUAGCUGACAGAUGGCUGGAUGUGCUAUAUGAACAUGGAACUACAUUGGCCGAUGAGGAAUUGAUCGAACUCAUUUCUGAGAACAGGAGUAUGACGAAGACUCUGGAAGAAUAUGGUAGCCAGAAAUCCACAUCUAUCACUACGGCACGCCGUCUAGCAGAGUUCUUGGGAGAGCAAAUGGUCAAAGACAAAGGUCUGAACUGCAAAUACAUCAUAUCUGCAAGGCCAAGGAAUACACCUGUUACGGAGCGAGCUAUUCCAGUAGCGAUCUUCUCGGCUGAAGAAAGUGUGAAACGGUUCUUCUUGCGGAAAUGGCUGAAAGAUGACCCUGGCGAUUGUGACCCUCGAACUGUGAUUGAUUGGGAUUAUUAUCUGGAGCGACUCGGAUCUGUCGUGCAGAAACUUAUCACAAUCCCUGCUGCUCUCCAGAAGGUCCGCAACCCAGUGCCUCGAGUCGCUCACCCAGAUUGGCUGCAGAGGCGGAUCAAUGUGAAGGACGAUAAGUUUAAGCAAAUUAAGAUGACCGACGUAUUUGCGAAGAGCGAGAAAAACCCAUUGACAGACAUCUCUACGAAUAUCCUCGACCAUCGUGUGCAACAUAGCGGUGAUAUAGGUGAGGUAAUUGCAAGCUCAACUGAGAAGUUGAAGUCCUCCCCAAACAGUAAGACAUCGCAGAAAAGAAAGCUUCCGGAAGGUCCUACGAAAACUUCUCUCGACCCUUUUGCUAGCCUGCCAUCAAGGAUGCCGCCAAUGGCAGACGAUUAUGUCGGAUUCUUGAAAUAUCAAAAGCAAAAGUGGAAAAUCCAGAAGCAAGCACGCAUCCGCCGCCGCCAGCUUUUCGGCGAAAGGACAAAUAUUGCCAAUGACUCCUUGAGUCAUCUUUUCAGAAACCAAGCCGAGCUUCUUUAUAUCAGUACCUGGCAAGUUUUGCAGCUGACUGAAACGACAAGGCCAGGCAUCGUUCGAGCUUUUGUCUUGAUUGAUAAAAAGGUUCAUACUCUCACAGUCAAAGUUCCCCGGCAAAUGUACAUCAAUCUGAAACGAGACUCUCUCCCUGAUGUUGAUGUUCCAGAUUGUGAGGUUGAGAAAGUCAAUCACACUUUGCCGAACGGGCAUCCUUCGGUGCAUUUGUUCAAAUUGACUUUGUCUGAGGAGACCUAUUUGCGUGAGGCUGACAAGAUGGAUACACUUCUACAGCAUCCAAGCAUUGAAGGUGUCUAUGAGAAGAGUAUUCCUUUGAAUGUUCGUGCUAUCUUGAAACUUGGUAGUAUAUGUACUUUUGACGAGGAACAGCGAGGUGUUCUGGGAGAAGGGUUGGAGAGUGGAUUUGAUCUGUCGACUUUAUGUCGUACAUCAUCAGACCAGCCUUAUCUCAUGGACUCACCGCUAGUCUAUCACUACCUAUAUCAUGUCGCUUCUGGUGAUAGGCAGAUUUUCGCCCUGUUCUCAACAACUAAAAGUGAGGCACAUGUUAUCAUCUUGAACCGCACGAGAGACGUCCAGGGCCUUCCGAACGUCGACAAAAUAUACACGGAUCUUCUCAUGCGGAGGAAGCAGAACAUAUCCGGAGAUGAGCCUCAAAAUGCAUUCGAGUACCAGGAGAAGAUUCACUUCCGAACCACGCAAGUCACAACCAGAAGAAAGGCAUAUCUAGAGGUCGGCGACUUGAUCAAGAAAUUCAGAAGCGAAGAAACCCAGCCAACGGUUCUUGUUAUACAAUCGCAGCAAAGAAGUCGUCUAUGCCACGACAUCCCCAUGCUGAGGGAGUAUCCAAUUAUGUCAGUAAAACCAGAAGUGUCUGAUAUGGAUCUUCCCCCUCUAGGCUGGCAGGCAUUCAUUGCAAGACGACUUGUCACACACUACCUGUAUCUCUCGGCUUGGAUCCAGCAUCUGACUAUGCUGGCAAGAUACGGCGACGUUCCCCUCUGCAACUUGGAAAGUGACGACCCCCGGUAUCUUAUUGACAUAUCAUACGCCAGGCGCCUUCAACAGAACAAUGUCGUCCUCUGGUGGUCUUCCGGUCCAAGGCCUGAUCAUGCAGGGUACGAAAAGGAUGACAUAACAGGCCCUCUAGAGAAGGUAUCCAUGCCAUCUGUCAAUGUCCCAAGCGCUUACACCACCGUGUGUAUCGAGCUUGAAGUUCGCAAUCUUGCCAUUAAUACUAUCCUAACAUCCUCGAUCAUUAACGAGAUGGAAGGUGCGGAUACACUUCUAGCAUCAUCCGAGCCUUCAGCUGAUUCCAACGGGUCCGGCGUCCUUUAUUCGGAGAAGGCGUUCGCAUCAGCGGGUGCAAUUGUACUACGGGAAAUGGUGAAACACUGGUGGACUGAGGCCUGUGAAGGAAACAAUAUGGCAGAUAUCAUGGUGCAGCACCUGAUUCGCUGGGUAGAGAGCCCAGUCUCGUGCCUUUAUGAUCGGUCUCUACAUAACUACGUGCGCAUGUUGUCCAGAAAGUCGUUUCAGCGACUUAUGGCUGAGUUUAGACGCGUUGGGUCAAAUAUUGUUUUCGCUAGCUCUACACGCCUCUUGCUUCAGACCACUAAGGCUGAAGUCGGAAACGCCUACGCAUACAGUCAAUACGUAUUGAAAUCGAUCCGCGCAAACCCGUCUUUUCAUUUUAUUGAUCUCGAAAUCAAGGAAUACUGGGACUACCUGGUCUGGUAUGACGAGUACAAUUACGGCGGAAAAGGCUGUCGGGAAGUGGUUGGAUCCGAUGAACAGGAACUGGAAACUGUCAUGCAUUGGCAGCUCAGCCGUUUCCUCCCGGGCCCAAUGCAGACAAUCUUCCAUGAUUGGGUGGUGGAAUAUAUCGAUCUGAUGCACAGCAUCAAGCACCCCGAAUCGGCCGACUCGUCCACUCCCCGAAUGACGCAGAUCCCGAUCGGGCGCCCGACAGACGAGGACGAUGAUGAAGUAUCUGCUGUCCUUGCGGAGAAAUUCUCGAAGCCCUUGAAGAAGCAAAUAUCUGGUCUUAUCCGCCGUCAGCGCGAGGAAAUGCUACACCCUGAGCUUGCAUCUGACUACCUUUUCCCCGUCCUUCCCGGGGUGUUGUCGGACCCCAACGAAGAGAAGCGCAAUCCUGUGUUAGAAUUGGUCAAAAUGUUGAUGCAGGUCCUUAGUCUCUCCAAGACGACAAGCUUGGAGAACCGACUUCUCCGUCGCGAACUACUAGCCAUGUUUGAGGUACGAGAGUUCAGCAAAGAGGGUCGAUUUGAGAAUCCGGCUGCCAGUUUGAAACUUCCCGAGCUGACCUGCAGCGCAUGCUGCUUGAUUCGAGAUCUGGACCUGUGCCGCGAUGAAGAUGUCCUCCCGGAUCCCGGAUCUGACCCAAGCAAGGCCGUGACGAAGCCCUGGCGCUGUCCUUUCUGUCAAACUGAAUAUGAUCGACUGGCUCAGGAAGAGAUCCUUAUCGGCCAGGUCCAUGGAUUGAUCGUUGGCUGGCAGACACAGGAUUUGAAAUGCUCCAAAUGUGGAGGGCUGAAGGUCAGCGAGUUCAUGGAGCAUUGCUCGUGCAGUGGUAAAUGGGUGGAAACCAUGGAUCGUGCAGAAGCGGAAAAGAAACUGCGAGUCCUCAACAGUGUCGCGAAGUUCCAUGGGCUUAAGCUCUUGGAGAAUGUGGUGGAAGGAGUCCUAGAACAGAUAUGAUCAAAUUCGUGCGGUUUUUUUUUCUUUUUCUUUUUUCUUUUUAUCUCCGUUUUCAUGACUUCAGAUGGGUACAUCUAUGUACGUGGGAGUAAGAAGGACUGCAUGAUCAUCUUCAGUACUAUACAUGGCGUUUGGGAUGCUUGGGGGGAAUCUUUUGUGUGUGAGGGUUUUAUUGUAUAGUAUAUCCAUCAGUGUAUGUAUGCGUCUGUAAUGCCAGGGAAUUUUACAGAA